AUGGCGUCCACUCCAGCAAGCAGCGAAGUAGAUCCCGAAGAAGAUGCCGGGGAAAUAAGAUUGGACGUGCACAACACCGGACAAGCUGCCGAAUAUCCCGACUUUGCAAUAAUCUGGUCGUUUCUGGUGAAUUUUAAACACCUUUUACACUUUCCUGACCUAACUUUGGACAAUUUGGAGGAUGGGUUUAACAACCAUUCGCCGGAAAAUGGUAAUGUUGAGAUGCUAGUGGAAUUAUAUGUGAAGCUUUUGAGACGAUUGGGGAUCUCUGUUAAUGUGGAAAAAUGGGAGAAAUCUUUACUGAAGGUUGCUAAAGAACACAGCAUGGACUGUGCAUGGGAUUUGGAACAAUUUGGUUAUGAAGAACUUAAAGUUUCAUCCAAACUGGAACUUUUCAAGUUACUUCUGGAGAGUCAGUUUGAUCAGAAUGAAAAGCUCAAGAGCUCUGUAAACAAAACAUUUGAAGCCGAUGAAUUGCGAAUGCAGCCAAUUGGACGGGAUCUAGAUGGGUUUAUAUAUUGGUAUCAUGAGGAUGGUGCCAAUGGUGUGAGGCUGUACACUACUGAAGAAGAUGAAGUGAGCUGUGAAUCAUGGAGAUUGUUAGCCAGAGAGACAGAUGAACUAGCUUCUAUUGUAGAAUAUUUGGAAACCAAAUCUGUUGUGAAUCCCAAAGAAAUAGCCCUUGCAAAAAGAGAAGAGAUGAAAAAGAAAGGAGAAAUAAAGAGUCCUGGGAAAAAAAGAGGAAGAAAAAGCAAAAAGAAAGAAUCAAUACAAGAGGAGGACUACGACGAUGACAAUCCAUGUGCAAGAUGUUUUUCAAAUGUCAGACCAGAUUCGAUUUUACUUUGCGAUAAGUGCGAUGCUGCGUACCACACCGCUUGCCUUCGUCCUCCUCUGCUGACCGUGCCCCAGGGAGACUGGUUCUGCCCUUUCUGUCAACAGUUAGCAUUGUUGAAUAUUCUAAAGGAGAAGAAGACAAGGUUAGCUGCCAGGCUAAAGUUGAGACAGAGACAAGCAAAAAGGCCAAAUUUCUUCUAAUGCUCAGGAUUUCAUAAUCGUAAUCCAAACCUGCAGUUUUCCUUCCAACGUCACCUGAAGAGUAUUGUCCGUUUAUUGUUGAUGAAGGUGUGAAUACUACGUCAUUUUGAGAGUUACCCCUUUACACCCCAACAUCAAUAUGCACUUUCUCCAUACUGUGCUCUAAUCAUUUCCUAAGGUUCUGACAAGGAGAAUUUGUUGAACAAUCAAGAGCUUCUUUAGUUGAUGAUCACUUCCUCAA